AUCAUUUGUGGCGGACCUAACCUUAAAAUUUAAAUACUUGAACUUUCAUCUUCCUUUUUCCAAUUCAUCGACUUUUAACUUCGAAGACACAUUCCAGUGGGUGAAGAUUUCUUUUCUCCGUACGAUUCUCACGGUUUUUUUGCCUGGUUCAUCGAUUUGUGAGACCGACGCUUGCUGCCUACCUCCCGGCUCCUGUCACAACAGUCGAAACACCGAAGUUGCAUUAUGAUUUAUUUUGUGCAUAAUAUAAGUAGUUCUUCUGUGUUCUCGUGUGUGACAGUAUAUUAGUAACUGAAAACAGUAAGGUCAAAAUGGGCAAUGAAAGUAGUCGAAAUCAAUUAAGUGGAUUAGUUAUAGAUGAGAAAGCUUUUGAAGUUACGGAUAAUUGGACAUUGUAUUCUGCAAAUUAUAGCUCUGGAAGCAAUCCGAAAGUUUCUGUCUUCAUAGAAGCCUCUCAACAUAGUUCAAGUUUGUCCCCCCUACAUUUAUUUGCGAAGAACUUAAUGUUGCACAGACAUCCAUGUAUUCUGAAGUAUAUUGCAUCUUGGACAAAAUCUGGGAAAUUAUAUCUAGCAACUGAAGAUGUCCGGCCUCUUUCUCAUGUCAUCAACUCCUUGACGUCAAUUCAAAAGUGUAUUGGGCUCUACAGUAUCUUGAAAGCUUUAGUUUUUCUUCAUGAGCAGGCCAAAGCUGCACAUUUGAAUGUUUGUAAAGCUUCCAUAUACGUUACAUCUGAUGGCUCCUGGAAACUUGGUGGUCUUGAGUUUUUGAAAAGGUUUCAAGACUUAACAUUAAGUUAUCUACAAGAAACUAAAUCUAAACGUUACAUUUAUGGAAUUGCCCCGAAUGAAGAUGAUUGUGCUCCUCAGCCACCAACAAUCAUUGACCAGUAUGCUUUUGGGGUUUUAGCUGAUGAAAUUCUAGAGGAAAAAUCUAAUGAUCAAGUUCCUGCAUUGAAGGAAUUCAAAGAUACAUGUAUUAAUUGUUUACGCAGUGGGGAACCAUCGGAACGUCCAUCUUUAAGUCAAGUUUUGAGACACCCUUUUUUCACUCAUGAAUUUAUAACUGUCCACAAUUUUCUAUCAGAGUUAGCCAUAAAAACUCAGGAUCAAAAAACUGAAUUUUUCAAAAGUUUAGCUGCAGAUCUAAAGGUAUUUCCAGAAAACCUAAUCGCCAGCCAACUAGGAUCAUUACUUCUCUCAAGAUUGGUGCUAUUAGAUUCUGCUGCUCAGGCCUGUCUACUUCCGCAUUUAUUAACCCCUCGAUCAGAUGAAUAUCCGGAGUCGCUGUUUUCAGACUCAGUGUUCAGCAAAUUUAUCGUACCAAAACUUCUAUCAAUUUUUUGUGUCAGGGAUUCACAAGUUCGACUAAUUUUGCUGAAGUAUUUCAAACUCUUCUGCAGUUCUUUCACUCAACAGCAACUUCAAUUACAAAUUUUACCAGAGCUCUUACUUGGAAUCAAGGACACUAGUGAUGAGCUGGUCUGCGCCACAUUGCAUGCUCUAGCUGAUCUUGUUCCAGUUUUAGGAUCUGCUGUUGUCAUCGGUGGCAAAAGAAGUAGAAUUUUCGCUGAUGGUAGACCAAAACUGUGGAAGGAACCGGAAAAGGAUCAUGAGAGCAGUAAGAAAUCUCUUGAAAGUGAUUUAGUGAGUUCGGAAAUAAUAACUGAGUUGAUGCUCCAUGAACGCCCUUCUCCGGAUGGUGGUGAGGAUCUAAUUCAAGAAUCCCAGAAUUGUAAUUCCAACAGUAGUCACUUAUUACAAGAAUCCAAUGAUGAUGACAAUGAGCAGUGGAUAGACUGGGAAUCGCCGCAAGAGAAAGAAUCCUCUGUUGGAGUGGUGGAAAAGCCCAGGAUUGCAAAAAAAGAUAGCAUUGACGAAAUAAAGUCUUUAGGUAUUUUCGUGAAACCCAAAGAAGUGAAACCAGAUGAAAUCGAUGCUCUUUUUCAAGACAUGGAGCCAGUCAUCUCCAAGACCCCUGUUGCCGUGAUAAGUGAAAAUGGGUCUACUAAUAAAUUUGAUGUUGCAUCUAUUGAGGAUCAAGUUGAAGAUGGUUGGGCGGAUGACAUUGAUGAUUGGGGAGCAGUCAGUGAUGAUAAUUUUGAGUCAAUUUCAGAUAAAAUCCAGGAGCCCUCAUCUUAGGCUUUAGAAAUGUCAUUUUCUUCUUAAUUCAUUGUCGAGCUGAAUUCUAACUUUUUACUAUCCGGAUCUUGUUUUAAAAGAAAAGAUAAUGGCAAUUAAAUCAAUGCAUUUCCUGUGAUAAAUCCAUAUUUUGUUAUUUGUUUGAGUAAUUUGUUUUUUAAAUAAAGUAUGUAUUGUACGUCCUCUUAA